AUGCUCUGGUACGCCGUUGGCGGAGACUCGGAUGUUCGCGCCAUCAUCUUCCGCCUCCACCUUCCGCAUCGUCUAAGGUCUGCUACGCUGGACAGCAAGUAUUCAAGCAUCAGAGUAUCGGAGGCUCGCACUCAGCAGGUUCUCACAAUCAAGACAGCCACGCCUUCGACUGUCGACGAGCUCAUCAAGUUGAGAGCCAAUCAAGAAGGAAAAGAUGCUCCCAUCAUCGCUUACCCUGAGCAUGGCACAGCGUAUGCCGACCAUACCCCCUGCCAGCUAGACAGAUACGUCGAAAGAGCCGCAUCGUUCUAUGCGACGACCAUCCCUCAGAGACGAACAUCAGAUGAUUCCGUGCAGGUCAUCGGACUCUUAGGCCCCUCCGACUUUAGCUACUUGGUAGCCUUUCUCGCUAUCUCUCGACUGGGUCAUUCAGUUCUGUUGCUCUCGACCAGAAUCACCGACGAAGCUCAUGAGUCUCUUCUCUCGACGACAAAAGCCACUGGACUUCUUUACAAUGAAGCUUUCCAGCCCACCGCAUCUGCGCUGAUGGCACAGAAACCUGACUUGCGAAUCAUCGAGAUUUGCGACACCAAGUCUCUGCCAACUACAAGUGCAAACCUCAAGUCUGCACGAUUGGACUCUGCCAGAGAAUCUCUUAACAUCUCCUUUAUCAUUCAUUCAAGUGGUUCGACAGGACUCCCGAAACCAAUCUUCCAAACUCACAAAGCAUCUCUGUAUGCUUACUCUCAACAUUUUAAUCGAGUCGGCCAUAUCACUCUCCCGCUCUAUCACAAUCAUGGCAUCUGCUGCCUCUUCAGGGCAAUCUGGGCUGGCAAANAGAUCUACAUAUACAACGCCAAGCUUCCUCUCACAUCGCAGCACCUGCUUGCGACGCUCAAGGAGCACCGAGAUAUCAAGAUUCUGUACGCUGUACCUUAUGCUCUCAAACUUCUCAGCGAGACCGAGGAGGGCCUAAAGCUGCUCAGCGAUCUCGACAUCGUCAUGUUUGGCGGAUCAGCCUGUCCCAAGCCUAUCGGUGACAGGCUUGUUGAAUCUGGCGUCAAUCUCGUAGGACACUACGGCGCCACAGAACUCGGGCAGCUCAUGACCUCCUUCCGCAACCACAAGGAAGACAAAGGUUGGGACUGGCUACGUGUAGGUCCUCAUCUCGAGCCCUAUCUCAGAAUGGAAAACAGAGGUCCCAAUCUCUUCGAGUUGUGUGUCAUGGAAGGCUGGCCUUCANAAGUGGCGACCAACUGCGAUGAUGGAUCGUAUGCUACCAAAGAUCUUNUUGAACCUCACCCAACCAUUCCAAACGCUUGGCGAUACUAUGCUCGUCUGGAUGAUACCUUGGUACUCGAGAAUGGCGAGAAGGCUAACNCCUUGAUCGCUGAANGAGUCAUUCGACAGAGCGAGCAUGUAGCUGAGGCCGUCGUCUUUGGCGCUAACAAACCUCGACUUGGUGCGUUUGUCGUUCCUUCGGCUGCAUCAGCACUCGGAGACGAGGCUUUGCUGGACGCAGUCAUGACCUAUGUCAAGGAAGCAAACAAAGUCGCACCAUCGUUUGCCUAUCUCUCGCGGGAGAUGAUCAAAGUGUUGCCAAGCGAUGUUGAGUUCAGGAAGACUGACAAAGGUACUGUUAUUCGUGCCGCUUUCUACCGCGAUUUUUCGCAACAAAUUGACGCCGCAUACGCCGAUGAGCAGUCCGGAACCCUCGUUUUGCCAAAGAAUCAAUUGCUCGAAUAUCUUCGUGAACAGUUCACUCAAAGAGUUUCGCUCAGACCAGGCGAGUGCUUGAACGAUGACACUGAUCUCUUCAGUCUUGGUGUCGAUUCUCUCCAAGCUAUCCAAGCAAGGAGCAACAUUAUCAAAACCCUUAACGUUCAGGCAAAAGAUAUCGGCCGAAAUUUCGUCUUCGACUUCCCGACCCUGAGCGAGAUGACUAACGAGAUUCUGCGACUCCAGAAUGGUGGACCAAAACAACAGAAGCUCAGUGUUGAAGAACGCAUGGCAGCUAUGGUCGAGAAGUAUGCACACUUUGAGCAACAUCAACCUGUUCAGAGACCAGCCGAUGGCGCCUACAUUUCAACUACUCGAAAGGUUUAUUGUCUUGUCAGAGCCAAAGACUCGGCAGAUGCACAGAGAAGAGUGUGGCAGUCCUUACGCGAGCGACGUCUCUUCCAUACUCUCUCCGCAACUGCUCGAUCGAAGAUCAUGGCCUAUCCGUCCAACUUCGCCGAAGAACAACUUGGUCUUAAUGCUCAGCAGUAUGGAGCAAUUUCAGGAGACAUUACACAUCUUCUCCACCUCGCAUGGUCGGUCAACUUCAACAAGAGUAUCGAAAGCUUCGAGGCAGAUUGUAUCCGGGGCGUACGCAACUUGACCAAGCUCUGCUUGCAGGCUAAGAGACCUGAGCCCGCGUCAUUCAACUUCUGCUCUUCGGUCAGCGCCACUGUCCGUACCCCUGGUGGCGUCGUACCUGAGGCCAUCGCCGAGUCUUUCGCCUAUGCCCAAGGAAUGGGUUACGCUCAGUCAAAAUCCGUUGCCGAAAGUUUGUGCGAUCGCGCUGCGAAGCAGACCAACAUGAAGUGUCGCGUUCUCCGAGUCGGCCAAAUCAUUGGGGAUACUCGCCACGGUGUUUGGAACGAGACAGAAGCCAUCCCACUGAUACUUCAGUGUGCAAAGUCGACUGGCACACUGCCUGCUCUUGAUGAGAGUCCAGCAUGGCUUCCAGUUGACCUUGUCGCAUAUGCUUGCACUGAAAUUGCACUUAGCAACGCAGAUAGUGGAGUGAUGAACAUCGUCAACCACAAAUCAUUCCACUGGACCAGGGACUUGCUUCCGCUUCUCCAGGAGGCUGGUCUCUCCUUUGACGUUGUCAACCAGCGCGAGUGGAUCAAACGUCUCCGAGCUUCGAAUCCUGAUCCCGUCGAGAAUCCUUCGAUCAAGCUUGUCGACUUCUUUGCAAGCAAGUACGACAAUGAGGACGCGCGCAAGUCUUUGGUGUUUGCAUCUGAGAUUGCCCGAAGUCAUUCUCCUUCCNUCGCAAAUGCCGGUGUCAUUGAUAUCGACAUUAUACAGAAGAUUGUCAGUUACCUUGAGACUAGGUACACGUCGCGAGUGGAGUCUACGCCAUUGGGUACUGCGUAUGUGAUCGGAGGCCCAUGUGGCACAGGGAAGUCUUCCCUUGCGGAAAGACUUUCGAUGACACUGUCACUGCCUGUCAUUGAGGGUGACGAGCUACAUUCCAUCGCAGCUCGCAUGCAGAUGAGUAACAAGAUCCCGCUCGAGGAUGCAGAACGCAUGAAUUGGUUAGCUCACCUGCGCGGUGCCGCCAUGUAUUCCCUCACGACUUCCAAGGCCUCGGGGGUGCUCGUCACAUGUUCAGCUUUGAAGGCGACCUACCGCAACGAGCUGAGGAAGCUCAAUGAGCUCGCAGGAAUCAAGAUCGUUUUCCUGUUGUUGACAACAGAUAACAAAGACGCCAUCAAGGACCGUAUGAGCAAGCGGGAAGGGCAUUACAUGGAUCCGUGUAUGGCUGACGCGCAAAUGGCGACCUUCGAAGAGAUACUGGAUUAUGAAGUUGAUUGUGUUCAGCUUGACGCCAUGCAGGACUUGGAUCAUGUUGUGGCUCAGGCGUUGUGUGUAAAGGAUCUAUAA